GAUGUCACGUUCUGUUGCAAUUUUGUCGUAGACGAGCCCGAGUCGGAAUCAAACAUCGGAAGACGAAAGCACAGUAAAUGCAUGUUGGUGAACAGCUAGCUCAUAUAAAUCGGCAGAAGAUGGGGAAGUUCUUGUUAACAUUCGUGCGGCAUGGAGAAACCGAAUACAACAAGAAGAGAUUACUUCAGGGCCAGAUUGAUAUUCCACUCAACGAGCAAGGAAUCAAGCAGGCAGAUGCUCUUGGACGUUAUUUAUCAAACGAGAGAUUUGAUCGCAUAUACUCUAGUGAUUUGAGUCGUUGCGUGCAGACUGCAGAGGGCCUCGUUAGAAAUGCUGCCAUCCCACGACCAACCAUUAUCACAGAUGCAAGACUCAGAGAAAGGCACUUUGGUGAAGACGAAGGGAUGCCGAGAGAUGCAAGAACAAGCAGGGGUAAAAAGGAACCAAACGGAGCAGAAACUAGAAGCCAGGUAAUUGACAGAGGACUUUCAUUUUUUGAAGAACUUUGCCUGGCUGUUCAUAAGGAGUUUGGACACCGGAUGGACGACUCCAGCAAAGACAUGGAGGGCUCCUCCGCCGAUGGACAGGAUGAAGAAGUAGAGGAGGGUGAUUCCUUUGAAGUUGUCUUCGCCGAUGACGGAUCCCCAGGAGUUGGUGCUUGCACUGAUGGUGUCACACCAAAUUCAGUAAAUGGGACUGUAGUAAGUCAAGAGGAAGAUGAUGAUGGUGAGUGUGAAGUCAAGAGAACUAAAUAUGAUACAAGUACUACAGACAGGACUUCAGAGGCUUCUCAAGAUCUGCGGCUUCAGCGUAAGGUAUCAGAUUCGAAUAGAAUAUUGUCAGAUAAUUCUAUUUUCAAGUCCGAUGCAACAUGGAUGAACCACGCACCUCCCAACUGUCCCCACAUUUUUGUAUCAUCUCACGGCUACAUGCUGCGUGCCUUGUUCCAAUCUCUGCUGAAACGGUACAAGAUGAUUCUCCCUGGUUCAAAAAAAGUGCUUUGGACGAGAUGUCCAAACACGGGGUUGAGUACAUUUCUCCUUACUCUAGACAGUGAUGGCUUUCCGCGUCAUAUAGAAAACUAUUUCCUGCAUACUGUCAUGCAUCUGGAGGGUAUUGAGUUUAUAUCAGUGAAUAGUAAAUAAUAUACUGGAGGGAGGGAUAGAGGGUGGGGAGAGGGAGAAAAGGGAGUCGAAGGAAUGGAGGAAAUCGAAUGAGAGGGAUGGGGGGAGAACUUAGUUCCAAUCGUCUCCAUUGCGGAUUCUGGCUGACCGUCAUCAAGCUUAGAUGUGGAUGAUAAUUUGCUAUAAUAAUUUGUUUUACUUCUGGAGAAAUACCAUACAUUGUACCUACCUCAAUUUAUAUUGUUUGUAUAAGUUUCAUUUGCAAAUAUAGUGAUUAUUUACAACCAUUUUGUUUUGUUCUGUGAAAAAUUAAAUAAAGCAAAUUUAAAUUUGAAUUUUAGAGGAAUUCGAAGUAGAGUAGUUAAUGAGUUUAAAAAAAAAACAAUCAUAUUUUAAUAUUCUUCUUAUAGACAACCUUACAAAUUAGUUAUUACUUCAGUAAAGGAAAGAGGGAGGGGGUGUUACCUAUGUCUAGGCAUAUGUUGGAAGCAUUGUUAUCAAUAUUGUAUUAACUUCCAUGGAAAUCUUGAUUUUCAUUGGUUUUCAUCAAUAUUGUCAAGGGUAAAUUGCCAAUUCGUCUAUUACUUACUCGUCCACUCAUUACAUGGUCUACCUUAAUUUAGUCUAAUGCCAUUCUGUCUCUCAACAUUUCAACUAACAACCAAUUGCUCCAAUAACCAUUUGGUCCAGUCAUCACUUCGUCUAAUCACCAGUUCAUCUAUGACCAUUUUAUCUCAUAACCAGUCGGUCUAAUAUCCAUUUUAUUUUCAUUCAUUUCGCCCCAGUAACACUUAGACCAAUUAGAGACAAAAUGUUAUAUGGACUAAAUGGCUAUUGGACUAACUGGUUAUUAGACGAAAUGGUGAGUGUAAUACAGUAUUACAAUAUGACAUAGAUAAAUGAAUAUUUACAGUAGACUAGACACUAAACAAUAUGAUAAACAUAUUAAUAAUGAUAUUAACAAUGAAUUCAAGAUUCAAGAUUUAGUAAAACAUAUGAUUUGAUUUGAUUUUAUUUCAGCAUUUUUCCAACAGAAAUAAUUAACAAACAUAAUGUACAACAUAAAGAAAAAAAUAGUGAUACAUUUCUUUUUACAAAAAAAAAAUACAAAUAAUCAUUCAUUUGCAAAAAUGUAUAUAGAUAGUAUUAGUUUGCAAUAUUAUAAGUUGUACUUUGUUGAGUAGACAAAAAAAAAAUGCUGGAGACCGCUACCAUAAGCAGUGCUUGACUAGGGUAGCGGCCUCAAAACGUAUUAGCGAAAUAGAUAAAAAAGAACGAAGUACAAAUCAAGCAUUGACUUAAAUUAAUUAUAAACAUAUAUUAUUAAUACGAUAUUUACAUGCAAGAACCUUGUAUGCCUGAUAUUAUGUGCACAUUUGACGUAUUUGCAUGUGUUUGUGCAUGUGCAAACGUGUGCGCGUGUGCAAAUGUAUAUUUAAAAUUGUAUGUGUAUGUAUAAGUGUGUGUGUGUGUUGAGAGUGGGUGUGCGUGUAUGUGUGUCGGUAUAUGAGGGUGUGGGGGUAGUAUUAAUUAGGAAUUAUUGAAUGGUUCCAGCAUACAGCUUGAAAUGAUAGAAAAGUUUGAUACUAUGACUUAACUUUUUUCAUUUUCUGAUGUAACAGUUUAUGAGAUCAGAUAGAAAUUAAAAAUUUACCAAGAAAAUUG